CGUUACGGGAAGCCUCCAUUUACGAGAAUAGCGAGGCUAUUUGGACGGAGGUCUUUUUGCAUUCCGGGACGUUUAUAAGAGACGUGUCCCCGCCGGACGGGGCCCUGAGCAGGGUCCCCACGCACCGGCACGAUGCGCUCGCUCUUGGGUCUCACCGCGCUGCUUGCGUCCGCACGGGCUGUGCUUGCGGGUAGUUUGCCUAGCAAGAUAUACGGCGUCAACAUCGGUGGCUGGCUGGUCUUGGAGCCAUGGAUGCUUCCGGCAGAGUGGGAUUCCAUGGGAGGGUCGAUCUGCGAUGAUUGCUCGACGUGUAUCCAGUCUGAGUGGGCGUAUACGAAGGAAUACGGACAAGUCAAGGCUAACCAAGAGUUCGCCCAGCACUGGACAACAUGGUUCACGCAGGACGAUGUGAAUACCCUUGUGGCGGACGGCAUCAAUACAGCUCGCAUACCACUCGGCUACUGGAUCGUAGAGCCUUUGGUCAGCCGUGCUACUGAAUUCUACCCGGAGGGUGGCAUUGUCUACUUGCAAAAAGGUGUUCAGAUGCUUGCCGACGCUGGCAUCCAAGUUAUCCUCGAUCACCACGCGUUGCCCGGCGUACAGACUCCUGGCCAGUCGUUCACCGGAAACUGCACGGACAACGUACAAUUCUACACCGACUACAACUACGAACGGGCUCUUACCUGGACAGCCGUCAUGACUUCGCUCGUCCACCUCGACCCCGCCUUUAGCUCCGUCUUCGCCAUCGAAGCCGUGAACGAGCCUAUCAUGGACGCAGACAAGACCCCCAACUAUGGCAUCUUCCAAAAGAACUUCGUCGAUACCGUGCGCGCGGUCGAGCUCACGCUCGGUAUCCCCGUGGAGGGCAUAAGCCUCGGCGCGCAGGUCACGACGAGCAACUUCACGGAGGCGCUCGGCCAGGUCGCGAAUGCGUCCACGACCUUGAACGCGGAGGUCCGUGAAGCCCUCGCGGCCGCGGCGCCGAUCCUCGUCGACCUCGCAGCGCAGCUGGCGGUACCCGCGCUGCUGGACACGAACCUGGGCGGUGGGGUGGACAAGACGUCGUUGAUCACUACGUUCAUGGAUAUCAACUGGCAGUACGACAGCCCACCCAACCCCGCUGACGCUGCGAUCGGUCCACAAGGCUACGACAACCACCUCUACUACAGCUACGGCGGCGUCGCCGACGCGAACCCCACCGCAUAUUUGGAGAGCAUCUGCAACCUCCAACGCGUCCAAGUGGAUGCUGAAGUCGGCAACACGCCGCUCUGGUUCGGCGAGUGGGGCCUACCGACGCAGUUCGAAGCGACGGACGAGUUCCUGUCCAUGUGGGCGGACGCGCAGAAGCUCGCGUAUAGCCAGGGCCAGGGAUGGAUCUUUUGGAACUUCAAGGUCGAGCAGUCGGAGGUGGCGGGGAACCUCUCGCGGCAGUGGUCGUACAUCGAGGGCGUGAACCUCGGGUACCUCACGAAAAACCCGGCGGACUACCACAACGCCAGCGUGUGCGAGCAGUACGUGACGUCGUCCUGAGGGAAUGUUUUCCCCCGUACAUUACACGCAUACAUGGACAUGCUAGCGCACGGACUGGCAUAGGGACGGAGACUGAGACUGGGCUAUCGCUUACCGGGGACUAACAGACUAUUUAUGCUCGCUUUACGGUGCAAGAAGGGUAAACAGAGCUGUCAAUAUAACGACGAGUAAUGUACAAGUGUAUGAACGUGGU